AUGGCCCAGUCUAUUCCUGAACAUUUUAAACCAACUCAAGAAGAAUUAGACAGGUUACAACAAUCAAGAAUUCCUUCAAAUACUUUGCAAAACACAAACAAAUGGGUUAGGGUUUUAAAUGACUGGCGCAAAGUAGUUGGGUACAACUAUUUGCUUGAAUCUUUAGAUGAUAAAGAUAGAAUCGAAAAGGAAGUAAGUGAAUUUAUUGUAGGUGCUAAAACCAAACAAAAUCAAGUAUAUUCUAGAUCAUCACUUAAGAAUGCUGUUGCUGGAAUCAGUCGACACCUCAGAAAUGUCAAAAAAGAUUGGAACUACAAUUUAUGCAAAAAAGAGCAUUUUCCAAAAUUAAAUGGGAUUUUAGAUGGACAACUGAAGUUAAUGAAAAAACAAGGCAUAGGCGAAGCUAGACCAUAUGAUGCUUUAACUAGUGAUGAAGUUAAAUUAAUAUUAAAUCACAAUGUUUGCUCUCCAAAUAAUCCAGCUGGUUUACUUUAUCGUAUUUUUAUGUGGAUAUGUUUACUUGGUUGUGCCAGAGGUGGUGAACAUCAUUCUUUGGUUAUUUUACAAUUUGAGGAUACAGAAGAUGAUCCAUCUGGUGUUAAUGGUCCAAAUUACGAUAUAAGAUUGUAUCUUUCUAAAUGUCCUUCUCAUUAUAAAUUGACUCAAAAUAUUGAAGGUAUAAACAAUGGUCGCACAACCUCUAUUCAAUCAAUUUUUAAUGCUGGACAUGAAGAAUUGAAGGCUAUGUCAAUAUCUGGUCAUGUUUCUCAGCCAGGAAUACAUCCUUCUUCCAAUUUAACUUCAAAUAACAAAAGCAAUAAAGUUAAUGAUGUAGUUAGUGGUGAACUUGAUGUUAUGAGCAUAUAUAGUGAACCAGAAGAUGAACCUGACAUAGGUAGUGAACUUGAUGUAGUUAAUGAACUUGAUGAAGAUAAUGAGCCUGAUGUAGUUGAUGCAGAUGGUGGAAUUAAUGGAUCUGGCAAACCUAAUCUUGGUAAAAAUUCUAGUCAAUUUCAAUCUGCCCUUCAUUUACUCAAAAACAAAAGAACAUUCAGUGAUAUUACAAACAAUAUUGAUCAUGAAGAUGCAAGAGAUUCUAAAAAA